GUGCUUCGAGAUGGAGUAUACCCUAACCGAAUCAGAAAAUCCUCAAGACCUUCCUGUCUCAACAACCGACAUUUACACCAAACUUGUUGAUAUAUUUGAACUUAAGCACUGCGCCGAGUCAGAAUACAGACAGAAAGAAAUUCCUGAGCAAUUCAAGCCCCCUCCUGUCAUCAAGAACACAUUAGAGAAAUUAUCAGAACUAGCGGCUAAACUGCUGGUUGAAGGAAAGCCAACUUUUGAUGAAAGCGAGAUGGAAGGCGAUUUUGAAGCGGAAGAAGUCAACAAACUGAAAGGUAGCGGUCUUCUUUACUGUGGUCAGCCUUUCAGGACUGCACCGAUUACAACCACGAAACACUUUAGCUUCACACAUCUGACCGUCCAAGAAUUCUUGGCCGCUCGUUGGUUUGUAAAGGAAAAUUGUGUUCCAGAUGCGAAAUGCUCUAAUAUGGUUUUCCAAUUCAUGGCCGGCGUUUUAUCGAGUGAGGGAAACGAGGAACUAAUGGAAAAACUAUUAGAUUCACGCCUCGUAGAUUCCAGUCUUAAAAUGACGUGUCUGACUGAGUAUCAAAACAAAGAAUUUGCCAAAAACUUCAUCAGGAAUAAUCCGCAAGCCUUUUGUAAUUCAGACGGCGUCAUGGCUUUUGAGGGUUUAUCAGAUGUGGACUGCAUUGGAGUAUCAUUUGUGUUGGACAUUAUUAGUGAACUAAAUAAAGAGGAAGCUGGAGAGGCACAACACAAAUGUUCUGAUAAGUUCGUCACAGUUAAGAAGUUACAACUUUGCGCAUCACAGCUAACACUGUCUGGAAUACAACGAGUCUGUAAUUCACUGAACAAUGAACACUGUCUUUUAACCAAAUUAAAUCUAGUGCACACUAAGAUCACUGAUACCGGUGUGGCCAGUCUAUGUGAAGCUUUACAGCAUCCAAGCUGUAAGCUAACCACACUAAGUCUGCUGGGUAGUUCUAUCACUUAUACCAGUGUUGCCAGUCUAUGUGAAGCUUUACAGCAUCCAAGCUGUAAGCUAACCACACUAAAUCUGAUGGGUAGUUCUAUCUCCGAUACCGGUGUUGCCAGUCUAUGUGAAGCUUUACAGCAUCCAAGCUGUAAGCUAACCACACUAAAUCUGCUGGAUAGUUCUAUCACUGAUACCGGUGUUGCCAGUCUAUGUGAAGCUUUACAGCAUCCAAGCUGUAAGCUAACCACACUAAAUCUGCCGGGUAGUUUUAUUACUGAUACCAGUGUUGCCAGUCUAUGUGAAGCUUUACAGCAUCCAAGCUGUAAGCUAACCACACUAAAUCUGCGGGGUUUAAUCACUGAUACCAGUGUUGCCAGUCUAUGUGAAGCUUUACAGCAUCCAAGCUGUAAGCUAACCACACUAAAUCUGCAGGGUUUUAUCACUGAUACCAGUGUUGCCAGUCUAUGUGAAGCUUUACAGCAUCCAAGCUUUAAGUUAACCACACUAAAUCUGGCUUCGUGUACUAGUUCUGAAUAUCGCGCAAUUCUUAAAGCUAUCACUCAGAGACACCGACCAGCUUUAAACCUGUCUUUUGAGGAGUUGUUAGAUUUUAUAUAG